AAUAACUGUGCUGGGUUUCAUCGUUUCGCUUGCUUGCUUGGAGAGAAAGACUAACAAAACCCUCCAUUAAUUAGGUUUUAUCAUCAAGGUUUCAAUUUCCAUUCUUUUCAUUAAUAUUUUAAUAAACUAUGGAUCCAGAACAAAACAACAACGUUAAAAAUAAUGGUGCUGCUGCUGCUAAUGGAAGUGUAAAAGCUCCUACCAAAGAUCCCAAGAAUAAAAAAGAUGACAAGAAGGAUGAAGAUCUUUCAGAAGAAGAUUUGGAAUUGAAACAACAAUUAGAGUUAUAUGUUGAAAGAGUUCAAGAUGUUGAUCAAUCCUUACAAAAAGUUGCCCUUGAAAGCAUGAGGCAAGAAAUUAGGACAUCUACCAGUUCUAUGACUUCGGUUCCAAAGCCAUUGAAGUUCUUGCGUCCGCAUUAUGGAACUCUAAAAUCAUUUUACGAGACAAUGCCAGAAUCAGAUAUGAAGAAAUUGCUUGCUGAUAUUCUCUCAGUGUUGGCUUUGACAAUGUCCGCAGAGGGUGAGCGGGAGAGUUUGAAGUAUCGAUUGCUGGGUUCUGAAGGUGAUAUUGGUUCCUGGGGUCAUGAGUAUGUUAGGAAUCUGGCUGGUGAAAUUGCACAAGAGUAUUCUAAAAGAGUGAAUGAGGAAUCACCCGUUAAUGAAAUCAUAGAGCUUGUGGAACAAAUUGUAGCUUUCCACAUGAAGCAUAAUGCUGAACCUGAGGCUGUAGAUCUACUGAUGGAGGUUGAAUAUCUUGAUCUACUAGCAAAGCAUGUCGACAAAGCAAAUUACAGAAGGACUUGUCUGUACCUAACAAGUUCAGCAAGAUACCUCGCUGGACCAGAUGACAUAUCAGUAUUGGAAAUCGCAUAUGCAAUCUACACAAAAUUUGAAGAGUACCCUAGGGCACUUCAGAUUGCACUUUAUCUUGACAACAUGCAGCAUGUGAAGCAGAUUUUCACUUCUUGUCCUGAUCUUUUGCGGAAGAAGCAAUUUUGCUACAUUCUUGCUCGUCAGGGAGUAAGUUUUGAGCUUGAUGAAGAGAUGUGUAGUGAUGAUGAAGACAGGGAAGUCUUGCAGGAGAUAAUCAACAAUACUAAGUUAAGUGAAGGCUUUCUUACCCUUGCGCGAGAUAUUGAAGUCAUGGAGCCCAAAUCUCCUGAAGAUAUAUACAAGGCACAUCUGCUUGAUGGCCGGGCAAGUGCGGGUGCAAGUGUUGACUCAGCCAGGCAAAAUUUGGCAGCGACGUUUGUUAAUGCAUUUGUGAAUGCUGGUUUUGGUCAGGAUAAAUUAAUGACGGUCCCAGCAGAGGCUGCAAGUGGAGGCUCUUCUGGAAAUUGGCUUUUUAAGAACAAAGAACAUGGGAAGGCCAGUGCUGCUGCAAGUUUGGGAAUGAUUGAUCUUUGGGAUGUUGAUGCUGGACUUGCCCAGCUUGACAAGUACUUCCAUAGCAAUGAUAAUCACGUAAUAUCUGGUGCCUUGUUAGGAGUUGGGAUUGUAAACUGUGGUAUCAGGAAUGACUGUGAUCCUGCUUUGGCACUUCUUGCUGAUUAUCUCGACAAAGAAGAUUCUUCCAUUAGAAUCGGCGCCAUAACUGGUCUGGGCCUUGCAUAUGCGGGAACUCAGAAUGAACAGAUUCGUGACAAAUUGACUCCCAUUCUUGGAGACCCGAAAGCACCACUAGAUGUUAUUGCCUUCACGGCAGUUGCAUUAGGUUUGGUAUACGUCGGUUCUUGUAACGAGGAGGUUGCUCAGGCAAUUAUCUUUGCACUCAUGGACCGAAGUGAGUCAGACUUGGGGGAACCACUCACCCGACUAUUACCUCUUGGCUUAGGUCUUCUUUACCUUGGAAAACAGGAUAGUGUGGAAGCUACCGCUGAGGUAUCAAAGACAUUCAAUGAGAAGAUCAGAAAGUAUUGUGAUAUGACCCUGUUAUCUUGUGCCUAUGCUGGAACAGGAAAUGUUUUGAAGGUUCAACACUUUCUUGGUCAAUGUGCCCAGCACCUGGAAAAAGGUGAAACAUUUCAGGGUCCAGCUGUGCUGGGUAUAGCCAUGGUUGCAAUGGCGGAAGAACUAGGCCUUGAUAUGGCAAUCCGUUCAUUAGAACAUCUUCUACAGUACGGAGAACAGAAUAUUAGAAAGGCGGUUCCAUUGGCUCUUGGUCUUCUCUGCGUAUCAAAUCCAAAGGUUCAUGUUAUGGAUACGUUGAGCAGACUCAGUCAUGAUGCUGAUACAGAAGUUGCAAUGGCGGCAGUCAUAUCUUUGGGGUUGAUAGGCGCAGGAACCAACAAUGCUAGAAUUGCUGGCAUGCUUCGGAAUCUUUCAAGUUAUUACUACAAAGAAGCCAGUCUUCUCUUCUGUGUACGAGUUGCUCAAGGUUUUGUACAUAUGGGGAAGGGACUGUUGACUAUUGCUCCUUACCACUCUGAACGCUUCUUAUUAUCCCCGACGUCCCUGGCUGGACUUGUAGUACUUCUGCAUGCAUGUCUUGAUAUGAAAGCUAUCAUUUUGGGGAAGUACCACUAUGUUCUCUACUUUGUAGUAUUAGCAAUGCAGCCUAGAAUGCUGCUGACUGUUGAUGAAAACCUGAAACCAUUGUCGGUGCCUGUUCGAGUGGGUCAAGCUGUCGAUGUUGUAGGCCAGGCAGGUCGACCCAAGACAAUCACUGGGUUCCAGACCCAUUCUACUCCCGUUCUUUUGGCUGCUGGGGAUAGGGCUGAACUCGCAACAGAGAAGUAUAUUCCCCUCUCCCCAAUUUUGGAAGGAUUUGUUAUUUUAAAAGAGAACCCAGAUUACAGGGAAGAAGCCUAGACACUUGGAUCAGUUCUGGGUCAAGAUUUAUGGACGUCUAAAGUAAUAUGUCGCCUUUAACCCGAGUUUGAAGUUACAUCUUGUUUUAUAACCGGUGCUUGGGCUUUCGCUUUCUAGGCGUUUCUUGACAUGUUGGUUAUGUAGCUUGUGGAUUUUUUAUAUAUUUUAGUUUCAACCUUAUGUUUGAUGUCGAUGUUAAAAUAGACGUACGUUUUGUUCACGACUGAUGGCGGGAAAGCUGUUCGAUUUAUCAUGGACUUGUACAAUGUACACUCAUUUUAAAUAGUUCUCCCACAACAAAGGAGAAGAUAGACCCUCUAAUUAACCAUCUGUAUUAACAUCAAUUACAUUUUUUUUAUGAAGUUAUUUUUGAUGUUGGACGUA